CCGCGGGGUGCGCACGGCAGAUGUACCUCCUCCGGCCCAAAGCGCCGCGGGCGAGAGCCGAGGGGCCGGUGGCCGCGUGACGGAACCGGCGCAGCACCGCGUCCCCGGCAGAGCCCUCCGUCCUGCACCCCACGACCAUGUGGCUGCUCGUGCAGGGCGUCCUGCUGGCAUCCUGCCUGCGUGCCGCCGCCGCCUUCCCCAGGGGCUGCUACCCCUCGGAGGAGGAGGGGCUGAAGACCUUCCGCUGCAGCAACGCGCGGCUGACCGAGGUCCCCAAAGACAUCCCCAACGACACCAACAAGCUCUACCUGGACUCCAACCGCAUCCCCUUCCUGCCCCGCGACGCCUUCCGGGACCUGCCGCUGCUGCUGGAGCUGGACCUGUCCCACAACGCCAUCGCCGCCGUCGAGAGCGGGGCGUUCCGCGGGCUGGCCGACCACCUGCGCUCGCUGGACCUGUCCUCCAACAGGCUGGUGUCGCUCAGCAAGGACGCCCUCAGCAACGUGAAAGCCAAGGUGAACCUCUCCAACAACCCCUGGCUGUGCGACUGCCGGCUGCAGGAGCUGAUCCGCGCCGUGGACCUGGCGGCCGGUUCCUCCGCCGGCAUCGUCUGCGACUCCGCGCUGCAGGAGGAGCACGUGGGCAAAGCCUUCCUGCAGGUGAUCGCCGACACGGACUUCUGCAACGUGUACAAAAAGACGACGGACAUUGCCAUGCUGGUCACCAUGUUCGGCUGGUUCGCCAUGGUGAUCUCCUACCUGGUGUACUACGUGCGGCAGAACCAGGAGGACGCGCGGCGGCACCUGGAGUACCUCAAGUCGCUGCCCAGCAAGCAGCGGCACUCGGAGGAGUCGUCCACCAUCAGCACCGUGGUGUGAGCGGGGCCGGGGGCGGGGGGACGUCCUGGUGGCAUUCCUGGGGAGCGGUGUCCAACGGGGGCAGCGAGAGGACACGGCCGCGGUGGGGGGUGAUGAUCGGUUCUCAGUGAUCGGUUACUGGCAGGGGAGACCUGAGCGUGCCCCCACCAACUGCACGGCACCGCUCCAGAUGGGAGGACUUGGUUUGAAACUGUUUGAUUUCCUUUGCAGCCAUCCCUGGGGCAUUAACGACAUCGGUGUUUUAAUCCCUCUGGUUUACCCUCUGCUGCCCUGGGGAUGUUCCUGGCGCUGCAGGGCCCGGGGGGGUGCGGGCUGUGGGCUGCAGCCCUAUGGGACAAAUGGAUGGGGAUGAGGGUACGCAGUGUACACAGUGGUGGGCAACGGCCCCAGCUCCCAUCUCCUGAGCUGGUGCUGCCGCCCCAUUGCUGCCCUCACCCAGAGAUGGGCACGGGGGAUGAAGACAGGACCUCCCCCUCUGAGUGUUUCGGUGAAAAUGGGAACGGAGCCCCCCGGGCUGUGCCCUGUGCUGAGGGCGGUGGGUGCUGAUGGGGAUCCGAGGACACAGGGGGUCGGUGCUCUGGGUCAGUGGCUCCGGCCCCACCGCGGCUCCGCUCUCUCUCAAGGACUCACGGCUGCGACCGCUCACUGUGACAGCGCUGGGAUGGGGCCGAGGCGGCCGCUCCUCCGCCUCCUCCCACUCCCUGCGCCGCUGCCAGGAGCCCGAACGUCCCCUCGGCCCCACAUGUCCCUUUUUAACACUCCUCGUUGGGCUCCUGGGGUCGGCGUCAGGGACGGGGUGCAGGGUUGAAGGCAGCCCACGCCUGCCCCUCUGGCUCCCGUCGCUGGUUUUGUCCUUUUUUAAACCAACUGAAGCUCAACUGCCUUAACUCACCGAGAGCACCAACCAAAGCUGCUCCGACACCUCCGGCAGCGCCCGCCCCGCGCAUCUGGGGCUGGCAGGGCUCGGGCCCCCUCCAUCCCCCCAGUGCCCGGUGCCUAUGGACGGGGCUGUGGGGAGCGGUGCCUGCGCCCUCCACAAGUGCCUACACCCCCAGCACAGCCCCAACGCACAAAUGCCCCCGGUUCAGCCCCUCUGCCCCCUCCCCACGGCGGAGCACAGGGGUGGGGGGAACCGGACCGAGCCCCCGGGGCACCAUCUCCCGAGGAGUGUUUUGUUUGAAGGGACCUUUCAUGUUCUUACUUUAUACGACAAUAAAUUGGCUUUUACUUUGGA